AUGGCAAACUAUAAUGAAUUUGGUCUUAUGAUUGUUCUGACUCAUGGCAGACCUGAGAUAACUCAACAAUCUAUUGAUUAUGUAAAUCAAAACUAUACGAAAUAUCUACCAUAUCCUGACGAUAAUUUUCAAGAAAUUGUUGAUGAUCGUUUUCAACGAGAUAACAAAUUUACUAUCGAACAUAUAUAUCGUCGUACUGGAUAUGCAUUUGUUCCUAAUGUUCCAGUUCAUGUUAAAUCAAUUGUGACUGAACAUAGGAGUGACUAUUCUGUGGUAUUUAUUGAUCCAUAUUUAACUCAAGGUGAAAAUAAUGAAUAUCCAUUCUUUCCAAUGAGAAAUAAUCAAACAGGAUUUGUUAAUGAUUUUAAUCUUGAAGAAUAUUCUCGUAUUCUUGUCGAUUAUCUCAAUAAAGUUCUUAGACAUCCUAAAUUUCGUGCACAUCCAGCAACGUGUGAAUUUUUCGAUGUAAGUUAUCUAUCAUUUAUUCAUGGUUUAUCUGCUAGUCGAAAAGAAGGUUAUCUAUUAAAACAAUCUAAUGAUCGUUGUUCUGGUCAACAUAAUCUCUUUUCAUCAUUUUUUUGUGAUUCAUGUAAAUGUCAACAUGGUCCUAAAUGGUUUAUUAUUAAAGAUACUUAUAUAGUUAAUAUACGACCAGAUACACAUGAACUACGUUUUCCUAUGUUAGUUGAUCGUGGUUUUCAAAUUUUAACUGGUAUUUGUAAUACUGGUAUUAAAAUAAGUAAUUUACAACGAACAUUUGUUGUUAAAUGUCGAACAGCACGUGAUUGUGAUGAUUGGAUGCAACAUUUAUCAAAUUUAAUUGAACAAACAAAAGAUUUUUCUAGUAUAACACGAAGUCGAUUUAAUUCAUAUGCACCUGUUCGAGAAAAUCAAUUAGCUUAUUGGUUUAUUAAUGGUAAAUCAUAUAUGGAAGCCGUUGCUAAAGCACUUUUAACAGCUAAAGAAGAAGUGUUUAUUACUGAUUGGUGGCUUUCACCUCAACUCAUGUUAAUAAGACCAACAGAUGAUGAAACAUUUCGACUUGAUAAUAUAUUAGGAAGAAUAGCUGAUUUAGGAGUUCGUGUUUAUGUGAUGAUUUAUAAAGAAAUUCCAUAUGCUUUAUCUUUAAAUAGUUUAUAUACAAAAAAAACAUUAGUUUCUAAAAGUAAAAAUGGAUUUAUUAAAGUUAUUCGACAUCCAGAUAUUAAUACUAAGAAUGGAAUACUUUUAUGGUCUCAUCAUGAAAAAAUGCUUAUUAUUGAUCAAAAGAUUGCCUUCGUCGGGGGAAUUGAUUUAAGUUAUGGUCGAUGGGAUAAUGAAUAUAUGCGUCUUGUCGAUUUGGGCGAUGAAAAUGAUACAACAUUGAAAUCGUCACUUGAUAUAGCUGCAGAAAAUAUAGCGUCGGGUGGCAUAGAAACGGUAGAAGCAGCACAAAUAACUACUACGCAAAUGGCUGAACAAGCUGAUCAUCUUUUACAAAACAGUGAAGAUUCUGAUGAUGAGAAAAUUCUCGAAGAACAACAAUCAUUUACUAUUACUUCAACAUCUGAAAUUAAUAGAAAACAUCGAUAUUUUAUUGGAAAAGAUUAUUCAAAUGCGUAUAGAAAAGAUUUUGAAAAACUUGAUGACUACAGUACAGACUAUAUUGAUCGAAAAUUAGUACCUCGUAUGCCAUGGCAUGAUGAAGCAUUAGUUGUAUUUGGUCAAACAGCUCGAGAUGCUGCAAGACAUUUUAUUCAACGAUGGAAUAUUCAUAAAUAUGAAAAAUAUCCGAAAAAAGAUUUUUAUCCAUUUCUACUACCCAAAUCUUAUGAUGAUAUCAACGACUUACCUGUUGAAAAUUGGAAAGAUUUUCUUGAAAGUGAACCAUUUCGUGUAAAUGCUCAGUGUGUUCGUUCCGUUGGACCAUGGUCAGUGAGAACAAAAACAGUGGAAUCAUCAAUUCAAAAUACUUAUAUACAAAUGAUUGAUGCUGCUAAACAUUAUAUAUAUAUUGAAAAUCAAUUCUUCAUUACUAUUGCUCAAAAUUCAGUAGUUCGAAACCAAUUAGGUGAUGUACUUUUUCGACGUAUAGAACGAGCACAUAAAAACAAUGAAAAAUUUCGUAUUUAUGUUGUCCUUCCUCUUUUACCUGGUUUUGAUAACAUGAAAGCUAUACAAGCUGUUCUCUAUUUUAUUAUGCGUUCGAUUAUUAAGGGUGACGAUUCAUUAUUUAAAAGACUUGAAAAAGCAGGUAUUACACCAAACGAUUAUAUUAGUUUUUUUGCUAUGCGUAAUCAUGACAUUCUAAUGGGUCGUCUAGUAACUGAAAUAAUAUAUGUUCAUUCAAAAUUAAUGAUCAUCGAUGAUCGUAUGGCUAUAUGUGGUAGUGCAAAUAUAAAUGAUCGUUCAUUAGUUGGUAACCGUGAUAGUGAAUUUUGUAUUGUAAUAAAUGAUAUUGAAGAAGAAGAUGGUCGAUUUAAUGGACAAUCAGUUCGUGUAGGAAAAUUUUGUUCUAGUUGGCGUAAAAAGAUCUUUGAGAUGUUAUUAGGUAUUCAAUUCGAAAAUCCAAAUAAUAUUGAUAUAGCUGAUCCAGUAUCAGAUGAAUUUUAUUCUUAUUUUCAAAAUGUAGCAAAAAAUAAUACACUCAUUUAUGAAGAAGUUUUUUCUACAAUGCCAACUAAUCGUGCUAGAACAUUUGCACAAGUUAAUGCAUAUAAUGGCAUGCCUAAGAUGAAAGAUACUGAUCCAAUAGAAGCGCAACAAAAAUUAAAAGGUAUUCAAGGUUUUAUUGUCGAAUAUCCACUGUAUUUUCUUGAUGAAGAAAACUAUUUACCUAGUUGGACAACCCCCGAAGGCAUAGCUCCAUUGAUAAUAUGGACAUAG